AUGAGGCAAGUCUACAGCCUGGAUUCUACCGCUACCUGGUCCUCAUCCGGUAUGCUGGCGCGAAACGCCAUGGUGGCAGGCCUGCAUCGCGAUCCCUCGAUCACAGGAGACCGCCUUACAAAGGAUGAGCUAGAGAUUCAACAGAACCUCUGGUACACGAUUCUGGAGCUGGAUCUACAAAGCUCGAUGAAUGAGGGAAUUUUGACAACGAUAGGACCCGAUGACUGGGAUAUGUCGCUACCAGCACCCCCAAAACCUAAUGGCAUUGGCGAGGGAUCUUUCCUCGGUGCCUCGUCGCCUGUGGGCUACUUGAUAUCGACUCUGAGAACGCGGAUGCGUAUCGCCAACUUCCUCAACGACAUCAGGUGUUCUAUGAAGUACGAAGAGGCCUCCAAGUUGCAGGAGACAUUUGAAGCUGUGGCACGUCCGCUGCUAGCGAAUAGCUCUCCUGACCGCGGAAACUUUGCUUUAUGUUUCUCAACCAUUCUUUGUCAGAGGUCAUUACUUGCCCUUCACUUGCCAUUUGGUGUUCAAAGAAGCUCCUCGUUGGCUUUCUCUUACACUUUGUGCGUCAGUACCGCCAUCUCAAUCCUCGAGACUAUUGAUCCUCCCAACAAACUGGCCAAAGCCUGUGACGUGGGUGGACUGGUGAACAUGAUGAGGACCUCCGGGUCCUUGUUUCGUACAGUGGCCCUACAAGCCGUGUUGUUUCUCUGCUUUCAGAUGGAAGCGUCCAUCACUGAUCAUAAGCCCUGGACGUUGAUCGCCGAGCUCAGAGACCGAAUCAUUGAUAUUGUCGACCGCUACGCCCUCAUUGCCGAGAGAAGGCUCGCGACGCAAGACUUUGUAGGGAAGGCUUUCAUCAUAGCCAAUAUGGUAUCGGCAAAAGCCAAACUUGUGAGGAUGGGACACAGCGGAGCAGAGAUUGAUGCGGCUAGUCCGGCUAUGGCCAAGGAUAUCGCCGAGGUGUGCUUCGCUAUCUUCCGAAAUCGGCCGGAUAUUCCUGGACCUGUCCAAGAGGAUAUGACACCAAUGUCGCUAAUGGAGUGA